CUCCCCACUCCCCCAGGUAGAUGGCCCCCCAAGGGCAGGCCCUGCGGACACCCCUCCCUCCGGCUGGCGGAUGCAGUGCCUAGCGGCAGCUCUUAAGGACGAAACCAACAUGAGUGGGGGAGGGGAGCAGGCCGACAUCCUGCCGGCCAACUACGUGGUCAAGGAUCGCUGGAAGGUGCUCAAAAAAAUCGGGGGCGGGGGCUUUGGUGAGAUCUACGAGGCCAUGGACCUGCUGACCAGGGAGAAUGUGGCCCUCAAGGUGGAGUCAGCCCAGCAGCCCAAGCAGGUCCUCAAGAUGGAGGUGGCUGUGCUCAAAAAGCUGCAAGGGAAAGACCACGUGUGCAGGUUCAUCGGCUGUGGCCGGAACGAGAAGUUUAACUAUGUAGUGAUGCAGCUCCAGGGCCGGAACCUGGCCGACCUGCGCCGCAGCCAGCCGAGAGGCACCUUCACUCUGAGCACCACGCUGCGGCUGGGCAAGCAGAUCCUGGAGUCCAUAGAGGCCAUCCACUCCGUAGGCUUCCUGCACCGAGACAUCAAGCCGUCAAACUUUGCCAUGGGCAGGCUGCCAUCCACCUACAGAAAGUGCUACAUGUUGGAUUUCGGGCUGGCCCGGCAGUACACCAACACCACGGGGGACGUUCGGCCCCCUCGGAAUGUGGCCGGGUUUCGGGGGACUGUCCGCUAUGCCUCAGUCAAUGCCCACAAGAACCGGGAGAUGGGCCGCCACGAUGACCUAUGGUCCCUCUUCUACAUGCUGGUGGAGUUUGCAGUGGGUCAGCUGCCUUGGCGGAAGAUCAAGGACAAGGAGCAGGUAGGGAUGAUCAAGGAGAAGUACGAGCACCGGAUGCUGCUGAAGCACAUGCCCUCUGAGUUCCACCUCUUCCUGGACCACAUCGCCAGCCUCGACUACUUCACCAAGCCUGAUUACCAGUUGAUUAUGUCAGUGUUUGAGAACAGCAUGAAGGAGCGGGGCAUCGCCGAGAAUGAGGCCUUUGACUGGGAGAAGGCGGGCACAGAUGCCCUUCUGUCCACAAGCACCUCCACCCCGCCCCAGCAGAACACCCGGCAGACAGCAGCCAUGUUUGGGGUGGUCAAUGUGACACCAGUGCCUGGCGACCUGCUCCGGGAGAACACUGAGGAUGUGCUGCAGGGCGAGCACCUGAGUGACCAGGAGAACGCACCCCCAAUCCUGCCUGGGCGGCCCCCUGAAGGGCUGGGCCCCAGCCUGCACCUUGUCCCCCACCCCGGGGGUCCUGAGGCUGAAGUCUGGGAGGAGACAGAUGUCAACCGGAACAAACUCCGGAUCAACAUCGGCAAAACCCCUUGUGUGGUGGAGGAGGAGCAGAGUCGAGGUGUGGGGGUCCCCAGUUCGCCAGUGCGUGCCCCUCCAGACUCACCAACAACUCCAGUCCGUUCUCUGCGCUACCGGAGGGUCAACAGCCCUGAGUCGGAGAGGCUGUCCACAGCGGAUGGGCGGGUGGAACUGCAUGAGAGGAGGUCACGCAUGGAUCUGCCUGGCUCACCCUCACGCCAGGCCUGCUCCUCACAGCCAGCCCAGAUGCUGUCAGUGGACACGGGCCAUGCCGACCGGCAGGCCAGUGGGCGCAUGGACGUGUCAGCCUCUGUGGAGCAGGAGGCCCUGAGCAACGCCUUCCGCUCGGUGCCACUGGCCGAGGAGGAGGACUUUGACAGCAAGGAGUGGGUCAUCAUUGACAAGGAGACAGAGCUGAAGGACUUCCCCCCAGGGGCCGAGCCCAGCACAUCGGGCACCACGGACGAGGAGCCCGAGGAGCUACGGCCGCUGCCCGAGGAGGGCGAGGAGCGGCGGCGGCCAGGGGCAGAGCCCGCCGUCCGGCCCCGGGGACGUGGCAUUCAUACGCUGGCCGAGGAGGACCUGCGGCCGACAGCCCAGCCCCUGCCACCCCAGCUGAGCCAGGCCGAUGGCCGGUCAGAGACAUCGCAGCCCCAGCCCGGCAGCCCUUCCCACUCGCCAUUGCACUCGGGACCCCGCCCUCGACGGAGAGAGUCGGAUCCCACAGGCCCGCAGAGACAGGUGUUCUCCAUGGCACCCCCGUUUGAAGUGAAUGGUCUCCCACGAGCUAUGCGCCUGGGCGUGCCCUACCAGGAAUUCAGGAAGUGUCUUGCUGAAUACCGUGAAAAUGCAGAGUUGCUCAAGAGGAUACGGAAAGUGGGCUUCUCGCACAUGCUACUGACCACCCCCCAGGUCCCACUGGCUCCUGUUCAACCUCAAACGAAUGGGAAGGAGGAGGAGGAGGAAGAGGAGGAGGAGGAGGAAGAGGAGGAGGAAGAAGAAGAGGAGGAGGAGGAGGCAGAGGAGGAGGAAGAGGAAGACGAGGAAGACGAGGAGGAAGAGGAGGAGGAGGAGGCUGUGGCCCUAGGGGAGGAGCUGGGGCCGCACAGUGGCUCAAGCAGUGAGGGGAGUGAGAGGAGCACGGACCGGAGCCAGGAGGGCGCCCCGUCCACGCUGCUGGCUGAUGAUCAGAAGGAGUCCAGGGGCCGGGCCUCCAUGGCUGACGGGGACCUGGAGCCUGAGGAGGGCUCCAAAACGCUGGUGCUCGUCUCCCCUGGCGACAUGAAGAAGUCGCCCGUCACUGCCGACCUGGCCCCUGAACCGGACCUGGGCACUCUGGCUGCCCUCACUCCUCAACAUGAGCGACCCCAGCCCACUGGCAGCCAGUUGGACGUGUCAGAGCCAGGCACCUUGUCCUCUGUCCUCAAGUCUGAGCCCAAGCCCCCUGGGCCCGGGAUAGGGCUGGGGGCUGGGGCAGUGACCACAGGGGCAGGGGGAGUGGCAGUCACCUCCUCACCCUUCACCAAAGUGGAGAGGACCUUUGUGCACAUUGCAGAGAAAACCCACCUCAACGUCAUGUCUUCUGGUGGACAAGCCUCCCGGUCUGAGGAGCUUGGCAUUGGGAGCGAGUUGGGCCUGGAGGUGCCCUCUAAUGGAAGGGUUGUGGAGGAGGGGGCCUCCGUGCCCCUGGAGAAUGGCAUUGCCCUAUCAGGGCUGGAGAGCCGUGCCCUGUCUGGGCCCCCCAGUGACAUCCCCUUGGAGGUGGCCAUGGACUCACUGCCCAAUGGCCCAACCCUUGCUGACAGGCCAGUCCUGGCAUCCCCGCUGGAGCCAGGCCCUGAGAAACUGGCCACCAUCUCCCCCAGCCGCCACGCCAUGCCAGGCCCUCGCCCCAGGAGUCGAAUCCCUGUCCUGCUGUCUGAGGAGGACACGGGCUCGGAGCCCUCAGGCUCACUGUCGGCCAAAGAGCGGUGGGGCAAGAGGGCCCGACCACAGCAGGACCUGGCACGGCUGGUGAUGGAGAAGAGGCAGGGCCGCCUUCUGUUGCGCUUGGCCUCUGGGGCCUCGUCCUCCUCCAGUGAGGAACAGCGCCGUGCUUCUGAGACGCUCUCAGGCACAGGCUCAGAGGAGGACAUGCCUGCCUCUGAGCCUGCGGUGCCCAGGAAAGGUGGGCGGGCAGCUGCUACCCGGAGCCGGAUCCCCCGCCCCAUCAGCAUCCGCAUGCCCAUGCCUGCCGCAGCCCAGCAGCCCCCCGACAGACCCCAUGGCGAGGCCCCAGCAUCUGACACAGCCAUCACCAGCAGGCUCCAGCUGCAGAAGCCCCCAGGGACGGCCAUUGCUGCUGACCUCCGUCCCAAACAGCCUCCAGGCCGCGGUCCAGGGCGAGCCCAAGCCAGCACCAGAGCCCCAGCCCCGCGCAGUCCCGGCCUACCGGCCUCUGCGGCACAUCACUCCAGCGCAUCCCCCCGGAGCCGAUCCUUGUCCCGCAAAGAGAGCCCCUCCCCCUCGCACCAGGCCCGGCCCGGGCCCCCACAACCCCGGGGCACUCCGCAGGCCCGGGCCCAGCCUGAUGGCACCCGCUCUCCGGGGGCCCCCAAGAAAGGACCCAGAGGGAAACUCCAGACUCAGCGCGCAGCAACCAAAGGCCGGACGGGGGUCGCGGAGGGCCGGGCCGGGGCCAGAUAAUGACACGUGUGGCUCUCCGCGGCCCCCCACCCUCACCCCGGCCCCCCACCCGCAGCCGGCCAUACUGGAACAGCUCCAGCA